AUGGACGAAGCGCCAGUUGAAGCUCAAGAUCAACCAGGUAUGCGCUCCCUUGAAUUCCGGCACAUAUCAGCUAAAUACAACCUAGCAAUUAGCCAGCAAAAUAAUAUCGAGGAAAACGUUGUCGCUUCCAAGAGAUUAAAAGAGGACAAGAUCAAUCGGAAAUCGGAGGCAGAGGAUCUACCUAGUGGCCUUUCUCAACUGACAUACAUCAAGCACGAAGAAUACAUCAUCAUCACUACUUACAUUGACCAAAAUCUCCAAGACGAGCUGCUCGAACACACGAAGAAGCUCAAGGAACGUAAACUCAUCACGGGUCCAUACCUCAAGGAAACUAAGAUAAUCACAACGCCUACGCCAAAUGACAAUAUCAUCAAGAAGGGCGAGAGGAUGUAUGUCGUGCGUGAGAAGAGUAGGGAGUUAGAUGAUAGUGGUUCAGAUGAUAGUCUUGACGACUUGCUAAAGCGAUUUACCAAUCUGAGCGAACAGGAACGAACUAACUUGCCGAGUUAUCCAAAAGAAAACGGGUUUCGAAGUAGCUGGAUGUUUACCUAG